AUGACCUCCGAUAACAAGUACGACUCCCGCCUGGAAGAGGGACUGCUGCCAGUCGCUACCGAUGAGAAGAGGUGCUCGACUAUUCCGACAACAUCCAAGGAGCCCACUAAGAAGAUGGCCGGUCCACGCCGUGUCCUGUUUGCCGUCGUGGUAUGCGGCCUGAUGACGCUCAGUCUUGCUUCCGUCAUCGGUCACCGGGGAAUGCCUUGUGCGAGGGGACAGCAAAGCGAUGCCCAGGCUGUUGUCAGCGAGGGUGACCUCAAAGACCCUGCCAAGGUGGAUAUCCUUCACAGGCUGCUCCAUGCCUAUUUCCCCGAAAGAUACCAGGAUGGUGUCUAUGCCUCUGACCAGGAUGCCAUUGCUGCCGUUGAGGCGGACGAUGCCGACCUAGCUUCAGCUCUUGUUCAACUGGCUAAGCGUCAGGACAACACUACCGCCUCAGCUACCCAGUCUUCCCAGGCGCCGCCCACCAGUGAGGCCACUACGCCAUCUACUCAGCCUCCCGUCAGCACCCCGACCCCGACCGCAACCCCGACUCCUACGCCGUCUGAGCCGAGCACAUCCGCUCCUCAGCCGGAUACCACCACCACUCCGCCGACCCCGACAACCACCUCCACUCCGGAGCAGCCUACUACACCUCAGACCACCAGCCAGCCUCCGCAAACUACUCCCACGACAUCGGCAACGUCAGCAGCCCCUACUUCUGGUACGUCUCAAUCGGAGCAGGCACCUUCCUCCUCUACCGUCGGGCCGCCGUCCGCCUCUACGGAGUCUCAGACGACGACUCGUGGGUCCCCUUCUUCUUCUUCUUCUCCCCCUCCCCCUUCUUCUACCCCCUCUUCUGCUCCCACUACGGCCUCCCCAGGGUCUUCGAGUGCGUCCGCGUCGGGUACGUCUACCUUCCUUUCUCUCCAGACUACUACGGCCGUGACAUCCUCGUUCCCUACAACGUCGAGUACGCCUGUGUCGUUUGUGUCGUCGGUGUUGUCGGUGUCGUCUGUAUCCGUAACUGAAAACACUCGGCAAUCAAGCACUUCUACGUCCUCGCGCAGAACCACCACCUCCUUCAGCCAGGUCCGAGCAACCAUCACUUCCACCGCUUCCAACGGCGACGUUGUGCUUGUUACGGCGACUUCUUUUGUUGCUGUGCCCCCUGAGCCUGAACCCACCUCGAGCGCCGGGGGCGGUGGCGGCGGCGGCGGUCUUCAGAAUGGCGCCGUUCCCGUUGGCAGCGUCUCAUUUGGCCUGCCCGUUACUCUUGCCGCUGCCGUCGCCGGCGCCAUGCUCCUGCUUUAA